AUGACCGAUCAAACGACGCCAUCCGAAAACCCCAGCCUCCAAGAGAGCGUCCGAACGGGCUCUUGUCUCUGCGGCAGUGUUAAAUAUCAACUGACUGGCGAGCCAAUUAGUGCACUGAAUUGCCACUGUGUGAAUUGCAAGAAGACCAGUGGAGCUGCAUUCUUGUCCAACGGAUUGUUUUGGAAAAAGCAACUCACCAUUACUUCAUCCUCCUCCGGUCUCAAAACGUUCCAAGAUAAGACCACCAAUUCCGGGGAACCGUUAUGCCGCAAAUUUUGCUCCAAUUGCGGCUCCACGCUCUUCGUCGAGUCACUGUUACCGGAUACUCCUGUCGCCGUCACCCUGGGCUCGCUCGAUCAGGGCCAAAGGCCCUGGAAACCCAGAUUGGAGGUUUUUACAAAGGACGCUGUUGAUUGGAUGCCACGUAUUGAAGGAGCCAGAGUUUUUGAGGAGAUGGCUGAUCCCCAUGCAUUUUUUGAAUGA